UAGUGGGAAAACUGAAACCUUAGUACAAGACAAUAUGUCGUCUACUCCGUUUCGUUGUUAUGCUUGCUAUUGGAGAUUUGUUUUUUAGUAGUUAAACCUUUUUCAGAAUAAAAUGUUUAUUACAAAUAUAGUGUACGUGACCGUUUUUUAACAAUGGCAGUUUCUCAAGCCCUCAACAUGUGUGAUAUCGUCCAUCUGAACGUAGGUGGGACAAGAUUCUCGACAUCUCGCCAGACUCUUUCAUGGAUUCCAGAUUCAUUUUUUACCGCUUUAUUAAGCAAUCGGAUCGCAAGUCGUCGAGACGAAAAAGGCGCUCUGUUUAUAGACAGAGAUCCAAAAGUGUUUUCGAUUAUUCUCAAUUAUCUUCGGACGAGAGAUAUAGAUUUGAAAAAUGUGGAUAUUCGAGCCUUGAGACAUGAAGCUGAAUAUUAUGGAAUCACUCCUCUUGUCAAGAGAUUAAUGCUUUGUGAGGAUUUGUCCCAGUCCUCUUGUGGCGAUGUAUUAUUUUACGGAUACUUACCACCUCCAAAUGUCCCACUUCAAGAACCCACAAGCAUUUCCGGUAGCAUAAAUGAUGUUUCUGUUCAUGGAAGACCUGCAGGAGCUCCAGCAGCACCUAGACCUGAAAAUCCUGCAGGUGGUGCAGCUGCAGCUGCAGCAGCUCCACAAUCUUCAGGAACAUCCCCGAAUUCUUCUAAUCAGCCCAGCAACUCUAACAGUCAGUCUCAAUCAGAAGAUCAGCAAAAUCAGAGAGCAUCGCUACCAACCCACGCAAGAAAUUCUUCCCUGGAUUAUCGAGUUUCCCGAGGACUUCCUCAUUCCCGAACUCCUUCUCUUGAUCUUCGACAUGCUCGAAAUAGUUCCGCAGAUUUGAAUAAAAUCUUUAAAAACGACAUCAGUCUCGUCUUUGGACCACAGCAAGUUUCAGGAUGGGUCGACCCACUUCGAGUCCAAAUAAUCAAAGCUCAUCACAAUUGGAUCGUGAUAGCCUAUGCCCAUUUUAUCACCUGUUAUCGCCUCAAAGAUUCGUCAGGAUGGCAGCACGCCUUCACGAGUCCUCAUAUCGAAUAUAUUAUCGAACGGGUAGCAAUAAACGCGAAAAUUAGCGGAGCUGAUGGGAAAAUGGUUGCCAUUUCUUUUGGAAGUCAAGUGAGACUUUGGAGUGUUUCGGAAGAGGGGAUCAAAACGAACGUCGGAACUUUUAAUCUCAAUGUGCGCGUUGAAUAUCUUUUUUUUAUUGGCAGCCAAUUAGUGGCUCUGUCACCUACUGGCAAAAUUGGCGUUUGGCAUGCGAUGACACAUCAUUGGCAGAUUCAAGACGUCGUCCCGAUUUCAUCGUUUGAUACUGCCGGAUCUUUCCUGCUCUUGGGCUGCAAUAAUGGAUCCAUUUAUUAUAUUGACAUGCAAAAAUUCCCGUUGAGAAUGAAGGACAACGAUUUGCUGGUUACUGAAUUAUACAGAGAUCCGAGUCAUGAUCCGAUCACUGCUAUUUCUGUUUAUCUCACGCCGAAGACGAGUCUCUGCGGGAAUUGGAUUGAAAUCGCUUAUGGAACAAAAUCCGGAAGUGUAAGGGUGAUUGUCCAACAUCCAGAAACUGUGGGCCAUGGUCCACAACUUUUUCAAACUUUUACGGUUCAUCAGAGCAGUGUCACGAAGGUGACCCUUUCAGAAAAGUACCUAGUGUCCGUUUGCUCAGAAUACAAUCACGUUCGAAGCUGGGCAGUAACAAGAUUUCGAGGUAUGAUUUCCACUCAACCUGGUUCGAUGCCCGAGGCAAGUUUCAAAAUCGUCUCCUUGGAUGCCAUCGAUCCUUGCAUUAGUUACAACGCUGGCAACGAUUUUGGUCCCUUUGGUGAGCAAGACGACGAGCAGGUUUUCGUCCAGAAAGUCGUUCCCGAAACCGAUCAAUUAUUUGUAAGAUUGGCAUCGAAUGGAAAAAGAGUCUGCGUUAUACAAUCCGUAGAUGGAAGUGUGAUAACUUCCUUCUGUGUCCACGAAUGCGAAGGUUCGAGUCGAAUGGGUUCGAGACCGAGGCGGUUUAUUUUUACUGGUCAUUCCAGCGGUGCAAUUCAAAUGUGGGAUCUCACCACGGCCCUCGAUCCUUCAUUCAGUCUGGUUCCAGAUAAGGAAUUUUCGGGUGGACCAACGCCAGAAGAAUUGUGGAAACUUUUAGACCAGUGUGAUCUAAGCAACAGCUAUUGUUCCACACCUUGCAUAAGUCCUUGUCCCUCAAUGACAGCAACUGGUCCCAGAAUCAAGGCAAGCAACGUCCUAUUCCUCAAUCAAUCUCAAAAUGCGGAGCCAGCUCCUGGUCCGAGCCAAACUUAAGACUUCAAAACUCGACAGUUUCUUUAUUAUAAUCAUUUUUAUUAUUUUUAUUAUUUUUAUUAUUGAAUGCUCUCUGCAUUUAUUUAAUCUUGCAUUUAUUUUUCUAGCGAUAGUUUUCUACCAAUAUUGCCUAGCGUUCUAAAGAGUUUAAGUGCUCGGAGAAAUUAUCACGAGCAUGAUAAUAUACUCGAGAAUAUGCUCAAACUUUAUGUGCUUUAGGAAUUUUGUGAGCAUUUAUAAGCAUUUUAAAUUGCGAUUGAAAAAAUCGUAUUUACUAUUUUUGUUGAUAAUAGUUACAUUAUUUGAAUUUCGCGGGAAAAUGUCUCGCUUCAAGUUGGAAAGGGCGCUUAAUUUAAAUGGUAAAAAAAGGCAAAGUAUGUAUAAAACCAACCAUAUACCAACAAAGAAAAUAUUAAUAAUAUUAAUGGCAAAAAAAUUGGUUUCUAAAUACAUUUUGAACACUUUUUAAUUGAGUUUUCAAAUAAAA